GGCUCUGCUUCCUCCCCGUCUCUCCUCUGUUCGCCUUCGCCCCGCGCCGAGAGAGCUCCCAACCCCACUCACUACUGCGGAAAGCGGAAAAAGCGAGGAAAAAUAUCCAUCCUGCUCCAGCGAAGCACCGCAGGCCGCCCCGCAGCAGAGAAGAGCGGACGCCAUCGCCCGCCACCGCCGCCGCCGCCCCUCAAUAGAUUAGGCGCGGAUAAUGGUGCGGGCCGGACCGCGACGGGCGGAGGAGGGCGCCGCGGCCCACGGCGGACCCAGCCGCCGCCGCCGCCGCUGAUAGCAGUACACCUGCUAACCAGCCAUCUGCAGGCACGCGCGGUGGUAGCCCGCGAGGCGAGGGGCCCCGGGUUGACUGGGCGGUACUGGCGGCGGCGGGGAUGGAGGAGGAGGCGUCUGCAGAUUCGCCGACCGCGUCGUCGUCCUGCGCCUGUGUCUCUGGUUCCAGCCGGUGCUGAAUCCGAGACGUUUCGGUUCGUGUCCCUAGUCCCCUUGGCGGAGGCGCGUGGUUGGUGUGCUUGGGGGUUUGGGUAUGGUAGGCGGCGGCGAGGGGGAUCGAGUGGGCGGCGGCGGCGGAGGCGGAGGCGGUUUGGGGGUUGGGGGAGGCCAGCAGUUCGUGGACCGGAGCAAGGUGAGGAUUCUUCUCUGCGACGGUGAUGCCACCAGCUCCAGGGAGGUGCUGCGGCUCCUCUGCAACUGCUCGUACCAUGUAACUUGCGCCAAGUCUCCGCGGCAGGUGAUCAAUAUUCUCAACUAUGAGGGUGGCGAGAUCGACAUCAUCCUGGCUGAGGUUGAUCUGCCGGUCUCCAAGUGCUUCAAGAUGCUCAAGUACAUUGCCAGGAACAAGGACCUGCGCCACAUCCCAAUCAUCAUGAUGUCCAACAGAGAUGAGGUGUCUGUUGUUGUCAAGUGCUUGCGGCUUGGUGCGGCUGAGUACCUGGUGAAGCCGCUGCGCACGAAUGAGCUGCUGAACCUUUGGACCCAUGUGUGGCGGCGGAGACGGAUGCUUGGUUUGCCCGAGAAAAACUUCUUCCAUGACAACUUCGAGUUGGUGCUCUCAGAACCUAGUGAUGCCAACACCAAUAGCACCACCCUCCUCUCAGACGAGACAGACGAUAGGCCUAAAGAAAACAUGAAUCAAGAAACGGGCACCUCAAAUCAACUUGAAUACGAGUCCAAUCCUUCUGUUGCUGAGCCUGACCAGAGAGACAAGAUGGAGGGUGUACCAGGUUCUGUCGUAGAUGCCAGUCAAGCAUCCUCUCCGGGAAGAAUGUUUUCACGCCCUAUAAAAACUAACCUGAGGAUUGCUGAGUCGUCUGCAUUUCUAGCAUAUGUUAAGACAAGCACACCAACCACCAGCUCACUUGAUAGCGAAUUACAAAGAGGUGGCAGUCAGUUAGAUUCUUUGGAUAACCAGGGUAAUUGCUCUAGUGCAACAGAUAGAAGUGACACCGUUACUGAUGUAAAUAUUCGGAAUAAAGAAGCUUUUGAGAUGCCUGUGCAGUACCCUAUGGUGUGCUUUUCUUCCUCUAACACACAUAUGGAGCGAAGCAAUGAAGGCCAUAAUGAUACUUCAGGAACUCCACCUGUAUACCAUUUCCCAUUUUAUUAUCCAGGGAUGGUAGAGCACAACAUGGCAGUUUCAUCAGUGCAAAAUUUUCAAGCAAACAUAAACAAUGCUCAAGCACAUACACCACCAACGAUGCUUCCCCAGUACAAUGUUUAUCCCCAAUGCCAUGGUUUACCUAUGAUAUCAUCAUUUCAGUUUAAUCCUGCGGGCAUGAAUAUGCACUCAAGUCAUUUACCGACACAAAAUGUGUGGUCAUCGGCAUCAAGCACACCAAUGCCUGAGGAAACAUGCAAUCGCUCUGAAAGGAGGGCUGCAGCACUUGCCAAAUUCAGGCAGAAAAGGAAAGAGCGCUGCUUUGACAAGAAGGUGAGGUAUGUGAACCGGAAGAAACUUGCUGAAACAAGGCCUAGGGUGCGAGGUCAAUUUGUUAGACAGGCAAGCAAUACAGAUAUCACCAGCACUGGAGAUGAUAUCUCUGAAGACGAAGAUGACGAUCCAUCGUCCAGGGAGGUAGAUAUCGUUUCCUCUCCAGAGUAGUGGAGAGGUCCUCUAUGUUAAAAAAAAUAGAGUGCAGAUGAUUACUGCUCACUUUGUUACAACUCAGUAGACCUAGGCAAUACAUUCUUCUACUGGCAACAAGGCAGCACACCCUUUUUUGCUCACACACAGUAUAACCUUUUUGUCCCCCAAAACAUGUGGCUGUUACUUUGAUUACUUUAAUGGAGAAAUCAUCUUUUGAUUAAGUGUAA